CCACCCCACCAUCGACGACUACGACAUGGCCACGAUGCCAUGCACAGACCACAUACGUGGCCUCCCCUCCCUUCCUCCCUUCCCACUCGCCCCUCUCCUGGACGCGGUUCCUAACAGAUGCGCUCCUCUCCUCUCCUUGGGUGACAUGCAGGGCUCGCGUGGGAACAACGCACGGAGGAGGCCUGUCGAGGAGAAGUGGGAGGAGCCCGAGCGUCCUCGCACGCCAGGCCCAUCCAUAUGGCGGAGGGCUUCGGGCGCUAGGAGUGGUAACAACACAUGGAGGAGGCCUCUGGAGCUCCUCCGCCGGGCGCUACAUUCAGAGUGGGCUGACGGACUCGAAUACGCGCUGCUGAAGCGGAGCCCCCUCUACGACUACUCCCGCGGAGAGGUUGUCGUCGUUGUGUCGGUGGUGGACCACCGGAGCCAGACGAUCAAGAGGCUCAUUGGGCUGCCCGGGGACUGGAUCAGCGUCCGGGACAAGGAGGAGAUCCGCAAGAUUCCGGAAGGCCACUGCUGGGUCGAAGGGGACAAUGGCAGUGCAAGUUGGGACUCCACAUCCACGGCCCCUUUUUGUUGCUUCAGACCGCUUCCUCCUUACACACCAAUCCAGACGUCGGCAACAACGAUGGCAUAUUCGUGAAGUGUGAAGCCGUGAAGUG